CCGUCAGAGCACAGAAAGCAGUGAGGGAGUGUGCGGCACACGAAUGUGCUCAGUGCUGCUAUCAGCACUAGAAGCUUGACAGGCGACCAGAGGGGGACACUGAUACUGAUAGAGGGGGUGAGAGACUCUCUUCCGACGUCGGUGCUGGAACGGAUGGGCGCGACAUUCGUCCACUAAUCGGUAACGGUAUAUUCCACCGCGGCAAACACUACAGCUAUCCAAUGCUGGCGGAAUUUAGCUGACCAUAGCUGGACACGCAACAUUCACCGUCGGCACCAUGAUCCCACGUAGUAUGCGAACAGGUGGGAUGGACCUGCCAGGGGUGGAGUCAAGGGAUGUACCCCUCAUUGGCUACCGGCCUUUAGCGUCUGACGAUGUUCGCCUCAGCAGCCAAUCAGGACAAGUGACUGAGAGUACUGGACUGGACUCCUCUGAGGGGGAGACUUCCCCCAUGAAGACAACUUGGUACUGUCCUCUGGAUUUGUCUACUGUGUUGGAGGAGAAAGAGGACGGAGUGAUAUACAAUGUAGUGGUGAAGCAACAGCAUGGCGCCCCCACCAGUGCAACAUCCGGCUCUCGUUCGCAGUGUGUGAAGGCGGGAACAGAGGAGAAGCUAGUUCAGCACCUCCUCCACUCCUUCGCCAUGGGAGACUCCUCCUUCAUCACCAUCUUCCUCUCCACCUAUCGCUCCUUUACCUCCACCAAGAGAGUGCUGGACAUCCUCAUCGACAGAUUGCAACAUCCACCAGGAGAAAGUACAAGGAGUCAGACUAGGCAACCCUUCAACAGAGCGGUGUGUAUGGUGUUCAGUAUGUGGCUGUCAGAGUAUCCUGAGGACUUCCGCUCUCUGGGAGAGCCUGGUCUUCUGCUGCGCCUGGCCCCCCUGCUGCCCUCCGACCCCUCUGGGACAGAGAUCAGGGGUCGCCUCCUCAGACUGGCAGAGGAGCUCAGUGAACAGGCCCUACUGCCUGACUCUAGUUCAGAUAGGACCAUCGCCAGCCCUCCUGCUGACCCCACUAAGUUUGAUCCCACCAAUAUCCUGGGCUUCCCUGCUGGGCUGAUUGCUGAGCAGCUCACCAAGAUAGAAACGGAGCUGUUUGUGCGUCUGGUCCCGUACCACUGCCUGGGCUCCCUGUGGUCUCAGAGAGACAAGAAGGGCCGCGAGGGUGUAUGUUGGUCCGUCCGGGCCACUGUACGCCAGUUCAACCGGCUGGCCAAUGCCGUGAUGGCUUCAUGCUUGUGGCCCACGCAGCUCCGCAGCCAGCAGAGAGCCUGCCUCCUGGAGAAAUGGAUCAGCGUGGCAGAGGAAUGCAGAGCCAGGAAAAACUUUUCGUCUCUCUACGCCAUCGUGUCUGCCCUGCAGAGUAACCCAGUACACAGACUAAGGAGGACGUGGCUAGAAACUGACAGGGAAGCAGUGAGGAGGUACGAGGAGCUGUCCAACAUUUUCUCUGAGAAGGACAACUACUCCCAGAGCAGGGAGUUGCUGAAAGAGGAGGGCACUUCGAAGUUCGCCAACCUGGACGGAAAGAUGACCAACAGGAGACAGAUAGGGUCCAGUGCCCAGGGCACAGUACCCUACCUGGGGAUCUUCCUCACAGACCUCACCAUGCUGGACGCGGCCGUCAAAGACAGACUAGAGAACGGCUACAUCAACUUUGACAAGAGGAGACGAGAGUUUGAGGUUUUAGCUCAGAUCCGACUACUGCAGUCCUCCUGUAAAAACUGUGUUUUCCUCACCGACGAGGCAUUCCUACAGUGGUACCAAAGUGUACCCUCGUUAAAUGAAGAAGAAAGUUACAGACUGUCCAAUGAAAUUGAGGUGCCGUGCGAACCGAGCUCUGGUCGUACCCAGAACCCUACAGUCAUCAUCACACGGUGCCCAAACCUGAAUUCCUCCAGAACCAGCCUUGUUGCUGACAGUGACGGUCUUUUUGACUUCCCCUCCCCUGUCUGUCACUUUCUUUCCAAAUUCACCAAGCAUAUGAAAUCCCCCUCAGUUUCCUGUCUGGAUGUUGACUCCUCCCCUCCCACCAAUGACCCCAUCCCGUCUGCAUUGACACCAUCCACUCCCAUUAAAUCACAUCGUCGAUCAGUCUCCUGUGGCAACAAUCCCACCAAUAACAACAAAGGGUCUGAGCCUGAUAUGCGGAUCGUCAGGAUACGGAUGGAUUUACAAGAUGGGAAUAUGUACAGAAGCAUACUGGUGACAAGCAAUGACAAGACGCCCACUGUGAUCAGUUCUGCCUUAGAAAAACACAGUCAGGACCCCAAACAAGCAUCCAGAUAUGAGCUGAUUCAACUAUUGCCCGAGGGAAAAGAGUUGGUCAUCCCUGCCACAGGAAACGUCUUCUAUGCCAUGACUUCCUCUAGUGUGGACUUCCUGCUGCGCAGACAAGGAGGAAACACCCCUUUUCGCUCUCAACCAAUCAGCACAGAAACUAGUGCCACCUUUCCUCGAAUCAAAGCCAAGGGGCGGAGACAGCUCUUUCCCAAAUAGGCAAUAUCUGAGACAUAAUUUGGCUAGUGCUUCUCAAGGACAGGACACGAUAAGUAUGCAGGCAGAUAUCUCAGUGAGAUGUGGCCUUGUCUUUCCUAAUCUUUUUUCGAAGUGGAAACACAUUCUGACCGAGCUUGUUCUAGCAAAAUGUAUCCUGAAACCUGUCCGAACUUGUUUGAUGAACGUAUUCUUAUCUGCCUGUUUGUGUACACCAGGAAAGUCCAUUAGUGUAGAAGGGUGCAUGUCUCUCUCGUUGGCAAUGCAUACCACUGGAAAUAUACACCUAGAACAAGACCAAUGCAAAUCUUUAACAGAUGGUGAAUGAUGCUGUUUUUUUAAGUCUCUCUGACCAUUGGCAUCUCAUUUCCUAUUUAACCAAAUGGAAUAGCCCUGUAACCAAGAGCAACUGAGGAAUCCAAAUCAUCUUGAGUAUUUCAGGAAUGUGCCUCAGGUGCCAUCCUAGAAAUGAGUUGGUAGUAGAGACCUUCAUUAAAUCAGAGUUUGGGUGAUAUGACCCUAUUUGAAUUGACCGUGACCACAACAAAGUUUUACAUUUCUCCAUAGAGAGUGGAUACAAGCAGGAAUAUGAAUGAUGGGGAGAGCACUGACAGACAGAGUCACUGAAACCUCUCAUUAUAGCAAAGCACGGGGGCUCAUCAAAAUGCUUUAACUAUGUACUUUGUAUGUAUGCAUAUGUUUUUUUUUUAAUGUACGGACGAUGUCAUGAUUGUGUUUACAUUCCCAAGGAGCUGUCAACAAGUGUCAGAAUGACAUGUUAUUCAUUGUUGAAGUGACAUGAAAUGUAUGAAAUUGCCUCAAACUGCAACCAUUUCAAAUGGGUCAAGUCGUGUCAAAGAUAUACAUGAUCAUUUCGCUUGGGCUUUCUGCAUACAUAUUGAAUGAUAGUUCUGGUAGUAUCUUGUGUAAAAUACAACACAUUUACAUAUACAGCCUUGCCACUCCCACACAGAAUAUAGUCAUAUUAUGAGUACUAACCAUUAGGCAUAACAGCAUCAAACCACAAACUCUAUCCUAAAACAAUUCAUGUGAAGACACUAAUGAAAGUCCAGACUAGGUUGUGUGUAUUGAAAAGAUGUCUACCAUCGCACCUUAAUGCUAUACUUUUCUAAUACAGCAUAAGCUCAUCUUUAUCAAUGGUCUCUGAAUGGGUAUAGUUGGUAGCUGGAAUGGAAGUCUGUCUGAAGAGUAUUUCAUCCAGGACUCCCAAAGUCAGUCCUCAAAGACCCAUGCGAGGUUAGUGAGGGAUUCUCACCAAUCCCAGAAUGAUGAUUAAUUUAUAUUUUCUCUGAUGUUUGAUAGAGAUCUGACAGCUAUUAAGGUUUCAUUAUGCAAUGUCUUUAGUCCAGGAACUGAAUGUAGCGGGUUUUGCAGAAGGCUCUGCUUCUAUCCCAUGAGGAUGAGACCAGUAGGAAGGAAAACCUGCACGCAUAAGGGCACAUGGGGGGGACACGUUGUCGGAGGCCCUAACUGGUGAACCCUUGUGAACUCUGGCCAGUGCUGUUGAAGUCUCUACUAAGGCUGAAGCAUAGAUACGGUAGUUCCAGGGAGAGGAGAGAGGAUUCUGGGUAACGUAAUUUGAUGAAGUGUUAGCGCCAGGCUAAGCUACUGAUUGUUUAGUGCCUUUCUCUCAUUGGUGCUUGAGCCACUUAAAAGUGUCCCAAAUGUCACCCUAUUCCCUAUAUAGUGUAUUACUUUUCACCAGAGCCCUAUGGGACCUGGUCAAAAGUAGUGGGCUUAAUAGGGUGCUAUUUGACAUGAAGCCUCUGUGAUGUAUGCAUUGGAAUGUAAUAGUACAUAUGAUGUACAUUCACAGUGCUGUAUAAGCUGGCAUGUUUAUGCACUACAUAUGCCCUGUUGUUUUUGUGUGAUGCAUUUCCUUUUUCUAUGCAUUUUGACGUGACAGUAAUAUGAGGAAUUUCUAUGCAACUUCCCGGAUGUGUGCUGUAAUUCUGCUGUGUCAUUUCUUAUCAAAUAAAUGUACAAAGAUGUACAUAUAAAAGA